AUGCAGGCCAAUGCUUUGUCCGAACUCUCGAACUCUAGCCUAGCUUGGCUGGCUACUACCAUACCGCUGUUGUUUAUCGCCGUCAUUGCUGUCACAUCCCGCGUUGCAUCGCAACAUGGGAACUUGAAGAAAGUGGAUGCAGGGUUUUUGAUUGCUCUUGGCUUUGUAAUCGCCCAAGAAAUCGUGGGCUGUGUUGGUAUUUUAAUAUGGGGACUUGACAAUAAUGCCGCCAUUCUCAGUCCUGAAAAGGCACAAAACACUACGAUGUGUCUCUACAUCUCCCAAAUCUUCUACCAAACCACCAUCGCCACAAACAAGAUAUCUCUACUAUUCUUCUAUCUUGAUAUCCUCUCCACCCCCAGUCUUCGAUCCAUCUACCACAUCGCCAGUAAAUCAGUAUUCUUGUCCAUAAUCGCCUUCGAUACAGCGACAAUCUUCCAAUGCACACCAAUUCCAUACAUUUGGAAUCGCACUAGUGCAAACGGCUACUGUGUAAAUAUUUCCGCCCUCUCAAUAACUCACGCCGCCACAAAUACAUUCUUCUACCUCCUCCUAUUCAGCCUAUCCCUCCCUAUCAUUCACCCGCUACAACUAAGCACUAGUCAAAGAUAUGCACUAGCAUGCGCCUAUCUCCUUGGAUGCCUCGUCCUCACAACCAGCAUCCUAAACCUAACCGCCCUCAUCCCACCAGCCCCCCAAAAAGCCCCCAACACCCAAAUCCUCCUCACUUACUCCCUCGAAUCUCUCCUCGGUCUCCUCCUCCUCUCCCUACUUACCAUACACACCCAAAUCACGCACCUCUUCACCACCCUCUCCAACCUCCUCUCCUCCCUCCCCUCCCUCCCCCCUCUCCCUCACCUCACCAACUCCAUCCCCAUCCCCCUCACCACCCCCCAACCCCCCGUAGCCCUAACCCGUUUCCCCCCCACCUCCGCAUGGAAAACCCUCAAAUCCCACUCCUCAUUCAUAUCGCGGUCUUCCAAAUACUCUUCCCAAUAUUCCCACUCGCAAAACUCGCAUAACUCGCACCAUUCCAAUUUGACGAGUGGAGUUGCGAGAGCGGGUGUGGAUGUGGAUGAUGAGAUGAUGGUUUAUGUGACGGUAUUGGGGGAGCCGAUGGAAAAUAUACUAUAA